AUGGCUGGGGACAGGGAGGUCAACCAGCUGAAGCAGUGGGUCACCACACUGAUGAUGUCCAUCACCAAGGAGGAGGAGAUGGCUGCCGAGCUGGAGCUCAAAGCCCGAGUCUUCCACUUCGGCGAGUACAAGGGCGCUCAGGAGGACAAGCUGCUGGAAAGCCUGAACCGCAAGGUGCUGGAUGUGUACCAGCACUGCAUCGGCACCCAGCAGGAGUCCAACCUGGGCACCGUGCACAUGCUGACCGUCAUUGAGCACCACCUGCAUGAGCUGCUUGAGAACCUGGAGCGCGUACCCCAGAUCAAGAUCGAGGAGGCCGAGAAGGCCAAGGAGAAGGAGCGCCGCAUGAGACUCCGGGAAGAGAAGGUCUUGAUGCAGAAGCGGCUGCAGGAGGAGCGUCUGCAGCGGGCCCAGGCCCGGGCCCAGGCUGAGAUCAAGAAGAAGAGGGGCAGGAGACUGGUGAGUCGCUCCCGGCCCCCAGCUCUCAAAGCAAAGGAGGAGCCUGAGCACGUGGUGGUAGACAAGGACAAGGAGGAGGAGCUGCUGUUCUUCACCUAG